AAAAUGUCAGCUAUGACUGAUAAUUGCAUCCACCUACCAGCAUUCAAGAGAGAUGCAACUAAAAAUAACAAAGGGAAAUGGGCACUGCCCGUUUUGUUUCGAUCAUUGGUUUAGUGAAGAAGAGAGUUACCCAGGUCGUUUGCGUGGUGGGAGAGAAAAUAUGGGCGCGCUUUUGGUGGUUUCGCUGCUAUUUUUGGAUUUCUUCUACUUGGCAGCUUCUUCUACUGACUCCCGUGAUUAGGGUGGGAUGCGACCCUUGUAAGCUUCAUGAUCAUGUUGUUGAUGCAGCUUCAGUUCUUCAAUCCUUGAAAGACGGAUGGCAAAAUACACCACCAAGCUGGGGAACAUCAAAUGAUCCAUGUGGAACUCCCUGGGAUGGAGUGAUUUGCAAAAACUCUAGAGUAGUUGCAUUGAAAUUAUCAAGUAUGGGCCUAAAAGGUAAACUUGGUGGAGACAUUGGAGGCCUUACUGAACUGAGAUCACUGGACCUUGCAGCCAACCGAGACCUUGUUGGUUCGAUCUCUCGGGCUCUAGGGAACUUGUUGAAACUAGAUACCUUGAUCCUUUCUACGUGUGGAUUUAGUGGUAAAAUUCCAGAAGAAUUGGGCAAUCUUUCUGAGCUAACCUUCUUGUCUUUAUAUUCUAACAGUUUCACCGGUACCAUACCGGCAACUCUGGGAAAACUCUCCAAACUAUACUGGCUAGACCUGGCAGAUAAUCAGUUGACUGGUGCUCUCCCAGUUUCCACUUCCGGAUCCUCGGGUUUAGAUAGACUUUAUAUGGCUAAACAUUUUCAUUUCAGCAAUAACCAGUUAUCAGGUACCAUUCCACCUGAACUUUUUAGCUCUGAGAUGGUAUUAAUACACAUAUUAUUUGAUGGAAACAAUUUUUCUGGGAUUAUCCCACCAACAUUGGGACUUGUUAAGACCCUCGAGGUUCUUCGAGUUGAUCGGAAUUCUUUGACGGGAAAUGUCCCAUCAACUCUAAACAACCUAAUAAAUGUGAAUGAAUUGCAUUUAGCCAACAAUAUGCUCACAGGUCCACUACCAAACUUAUCUCAAAUGAGUUCACUAACUUACGUGGAUCUUAGUAACAACUCAUUUAGCUCAUCAGUAGCUCCAGGAUGGUUCUCAACUCUACAAUCUCUCACCACUCUAAUUGUUGAAUAUGGAUUAAUACGGGGAAAUCUGCCAGAAGGAAUCUUUAGCUUACCACAUAUACAACAAGUAAAACUGAAGAAUAAUACAUUUAGUGGGACAUUAAAUAUGGGCGACAGCAUCAGCCAACCGUUGCAGCUAGUCGAGUUGCAAAAUAACAACAUUUCCUCAGUUACCUCUUUUUCGGGUUAUACUAACGCUUUGAUGCUGACAGGAAAUCCUGUGUGUGACGCUGAUAUCCUCUCAAAUACAAACUAUUGCCAACUUCAACAGCAACAAGCAAAAACCUAUAUCACCAGCCUUGUCUACUGUGGCCGUAAUUCAUGUCCUCCUGAUGAGAAGCUGAACCCACGAAGUUGUGAAUGUGCCUAUCCAUAUGAAGGGACUUUAUACUUUAGAGGACCCACUUUCCGGGAAUUGUCCAAUAUAACUCUGUUUCAUUUAUUGGAAAUGAGCCUUUUGGAAAAAUUCAAUCGAACACCUUUUAUUCAAAACCCUUUCUUUAAUGCUCAUGAUUAUCUUCAGAUCGAGCUUGCACUUUUUCCAGCCGAUGGUAAAUAUUUCAAAAGGGAAGACAUUCAGAGGAUUGGUUUUGAUUUGCACAGUCAAAAUUACAAACCCCCCGACAAAUUUGGGCCAUAUUACUUCUUUGCGUCUCCUUAUCCUUUUUCAGACAUUGAUAAUGGAUCAACUUCAACCAACACUGGAAUGGUAAUUGGAAUAGCUGUUGGCUGUGCCUUUCUUGUUCUUUGCCUCAUUGGACUUGGAACAUAUGCAAUUCAACAAAAGAGACGUGCAGAAAAGGCCAAUUCAAAUGCUCUCUGGGUGCCAAGUGGAAACGAUAGUGGAAGCGCGCCACAAUUAAAGGGUGCCAGAUGGUUUUCUUAUGUUGAACUUAAAAAAUGCACAGAUAAUUUCUCCACCAGUAAUGUGGUAGGAUCAGGAGGAUUUGGCAUGGUAUACAGAGGAACACUGGUGGAUGGAAAACUAGUUGCAAUCAAAAGAGCCCAACAAGGUUCAAUGCAGGGUGGCCUUGAGUUCAAGACGGAAAUUGAGCUGCUUUCACGAGUUCAUCACAAAAAUCUUCUAGGCCUAGUGGGAUUUUGUUCCGAACAAGGAGAACAAAUUCUUGUUUAUGAAUUCAUGCCUAAUGGGACACUUAGACAAAGCUUAGCUGGAAAAUCUGGUAUUUAUCUUGACUGGAAGAGAAGGCUUCGUAUCGCUCUAGGGUCAGCCAGAGGACUGACUUACUUACACGAGCUUGCUAAUCCUCCCAUAAUUCAUCGAGAUGUUAAGUCCACCAACAUUUUGCUAGAUGAAUGUUUAAAUGCAAAGGUUGCUGAUUUUGGCUUGUCCAAGCUUGUCUCAGACAGUGUAAAGGGACAUGUUUCUACUCAAGUCAAGGGCACAAUGGGUUAUUUGGAUCCUGAAUAUUACAUGAGUCAAAAGUUGACAGAGAAAAGUGACGUGUACAGCUUCGGAGUAGUUAUGUUGGAAUUGCUAACUGCUAAGCUGCCAAUUGAAAAAGGGAAGUACAUAGUUCGUGAGGUGCGUAUGUCGAUGAAUAAGAAUGAUGAAGAAUAUUAUGGUUUGAAGCAUAUACUGGAUCCAACCAUAUUUGAUAAUACGACAAAUCUUAUCGGGUUCGGAAAGUUCUUAGAGUUGGCCAUGCAAUGUGUCGAAGAAGCAGCUGCAAAUCGUCCCACAAUGAGUGAAAUGGUUAAGGCAAUUGAGAAUAUUUUGCAGAAUGAUGGAAUAAAUACAAGUUCAACAUCAGCAUGCUCAUCUGCCACAGACUUUGUGACUUCCAAAACUUCUUCUAGACAUCCCUAUAAUGAUGCUUCGCAGAAAGAGAGUGUCAACAGGAAUAGCCAAUGAAUGGAUGAUGAACCAAUGUAGAAAUUAUCAUUAUUUUGUUUCAAGGAGUUGUAAACUUGGGAGAAGUUAUCACUAUUUUGCGCAGUUCAAGAUUAUUUUUGUUGACAUUAAUGUAUAUAUGUAUUUGGUUAUGUAUUCCUCAUAUAUCAUUGUUUAUAAUGCAGGUUUGAGGCUCUCAAGAGAUAACAUGUGAUCUCUGGAAAACCCUAACCUAAAAGUCGUGUGUUUGAACCUUCAAAUGAGUUGAAUACGAAAAACUUUGCAUGGUCUCCUUAGUUCA